CCGGCUUGGCGGAGCUGAGUGGGACUUCACGGAGGCCAUGGAUCUGCUCAAGCUGAACCGCAGCGUACAGGGGCCCGGGUGCCGCCCGGGGGUCCCGGUUCUCAACAGCAGUCAUGCCGGCAACCUCAGCUGCGAGCCCCCUCGGAUCCGCGGAACCGGGACCAGAGAAUUGGAGCUGGCCAUCAGAGUUACCCUUUAUGCGGUGAUCUUUCUGAUGAGUGUUGGAGGAAAUGUGCUCAUCAUCGUGGUCCUGGGACUGAGCCGGCGCCUGAGGACUGUCACCAACACCUUCCUGCUCUCCCUGGCAGUCAGCGACCUCCUGGUGGCUGUGGUUUGUAUGCCCUUCACGCUCCUGCCCAACCUCAUGGGCACCUUCGUCUUCGGCCCAGUCAUCUGCAAGGCAGUUUCCUACCUCAUGGGGGUGUCCGUGAGCGUGUCCACGCUAAGUCUCGUGGCCAUCGCCCUGGAGCGGUACAGCGCCAUCUGCCGACCACUGCAAGCCCGGGUGUGGCAGACUCGCUCCCACGCAGCUCGGGUGAUCUUAGCCACGUGGCUGCUGUCUGGCCUGCUUAUGGUACCCUACCCUGUGUACACAGUGGUGCAGCCAGUGGGGCCUCAAGCACUGAAGUGCGAGCAUCGCUGGCCCAGUGCGCGCGUCCAACAAACCUGGUCGGUGCUGCUGCUGAUGCUCCUGUUCUUCAUCCCGGGUGUGGUUAUGGCGGUGGCCUACGGGCUCAUCUCUCGCGAGCUCUACCUAGGGCUUCGCUUUGAUGGUGACAGCAACAGUGAGACCCAAAGCCGGGUCCGAAACCAAGGAGGCCUGCCCGGUAGGGCAGCGCCAGGGCCUGUCCACCAGAACGGGGGUUGCCGACCCGAGACCAGCCUGGGUGGGGAAGACAGUGACGGUUGCUAUGUGCAACUACCGCGGUCCCGACUGGAGAUGACUACGCUGACCACGCCCACUCCUGGGCCAGGCCCGGGCCCUAGGCCCAACCAGGCCAAGCUGCUGGCUAAGAAACGGGUGGUACGGAUGCUGCUGGUGAUAGUUGCGCUCUUCUUCGUGUGCUGGCUGCCAGUGUUCAGCGCCAACACCUGGCGUGCCUUCGACAGUCCAGGAGCGCACCGGGCGCUCUCGGGGGCCCCUAUCUCUUUCAUCCACUUGCUGAGCUAUGCCUCCGCCUGUGUCAACCCCCUGGUCUACUGUUUCAUGCACCGCCGCUUUCGCCAGGCCUGCCUGGACACCUGUGCCCGCUGCUGCCCACGGCCUCCACGAGCUCGCCCCCGGCCCCUUCCAGACGAGGAUCCUCCUACCCCCUCCAUCGCUUCUCUCUCCAGGCUAAGCUAUACCACCAUCAGCACACUGGGGCCCGGCUGAGGGUUUGGGGGAGUGGAGGACAAGAAAAGAUACAUAAUCUCUAUAAACUGAUCCAUGCAAACACCUAAGAAACACAAACCAGGGCUAAUCCAGGUGGAACCCAACUCCACGGACAGACCCCUACACACAGAAAAUUUUAUCUUUGCUGCCCAACCUGGAACAGACAGGAGCCUCACGCGGGAAAGAAGGCACACUUCUCAUAUGGGACUGAGCCCCACCCUGGACACCUGGCCCUCACAGACAGACACAGUGUCCGUAGCAGUGAACUUUCCCUACACAAGAGGAACUCUCACAAGGGCUGACUGGCUCACAUGCAUACAUUAAUGGCAAUCUUCUAGAGCGCUCAUAGCCUAGUGCAGCUCUGACUUAGGACAUUGCAAGCUGUCCCCAGUUUGACCUUCCUCAUGCAGCACUGAAAAUAUCAACAGGCCUAAUCACAUGCCUUCCUGAGCUGCAGAUCUUUCAGGACCAAAAAGUCCCCCCUCCUUUUCCAGUAGGCACUAAGGAAAGCCUUCUCUCCUGCCCCUCCCCAGUCAGCAAACUAUGUAACAAAAGAAUAAAUGACCCAGCAUCCUCCUGGGCCUCCUGAACACUGGCAGACAGAUGAGCAGGUGUGGCUUACAUGAAGCUUCUUCAUGUGUUUGCUCCCACGACUACUCAACCCCGUGUCCAACCUUGUGCAAAAGGGCCUUGGUAUGAGCACAGAUAAGGAUGAUCACAUCCUUUCUCUAUUCUUGUCUUGGUCCUACCCAUACUCCAGAGAUGUAGUAGCUGGGAUUCAAAGUGGCAGGUGGGAUAUCCAUGACACCUCAAGGUUCCUGAGUACAUUCUCCCAUUUGGUGCCAUUGUUAAUGUAAUAUAUUAAUGGCUGCUGGUUAAUUUUUUGAUGAAAAGAUAAAAGAUGAAAGACUACAUAAGACUCAAAUU